AAGCUAAGAUAAAGCAGUCUCCUUCACAUUGCCGUCCCUUCUCUUCCUGAGCGGGUGGGAUGGAAUGGCCUGGGCGGGUCCCAUGGCCUGUGGUCCUCUGGACAAGUGACUUCGGCGGUCCGUCUCAAGGACAGACAUGAACAGAAAUAAUCUCAAAUCCAAAUCUGCACAGAAAUAUUGGCUAGAAAUUUAUAUAGUCAAGGAAGAAAGCUCAAUGGCUCAAUAAGGCUCUCAGUAAGCGUCCCUGACAUGCCAGAGGAAAGAUGGGUGGAUUCCAUCUUCAAUCCUGUGCUCAAGAUCCCACCAGUGGAGGAUAUUUGGGACAAAGAAAAGGAAGAGGAGGAGGAAGAGGAGGAGGAGGAGAACGUAGACAAAGAUGAGGAGGAAGAGGAAGAAAACAGGAUCAAGACCCUUCUCGCAGCACCCCGGCAGGAUUCAGGGUGGGGCCUGAUGGCUUGGCCCAAGCCCUCCCCAGAGACAGCCCGCUGGUGGGAAGACUUUUCCCUGCCCCCUCUCCGUGGAGCCAGCUUUUGCGGGUGCAAACAGAAGACAAAGAUGAGGCUCCACCCUCUGCCGUCCCUGACCUCCUGCUCCGCCUCCAAAACCCUGCCCUCAGUAGCAACCAGGGAAGAGCAUAGCUGGCUAAGAAACCAGCCUCUGAUGGAGCCUCCCCCAGCUUCCAGACUGAAGACCCCCAAGGCAGUGCCCAGGAUCACUCCCAAGGUCUCUGCUAAGAGAUCUAGUGUCCCUAAGCCCGGGCGACAGCAGAACACAAUGUCAAUGUGGCCUCCAAUUAUUAUCAACUCCCCCUCCAAGAGCUCUGCUUUUAAGGGACAACAUACAUCCUCUGCCAAGGAGGCCUCCCAUACCUCAGGUACCUGGAGCAAUCCCUUGCCUCACCUUCCUUAAAAAUAAAUAUUUUUGUUACACCA